ACGAGUUGGUCGUUUUGUUUUCCUUGCUUCCAUAGCAGGACCCCGCUUCUGCUGUACGGGCAAACCUUUGCGCACAGUAGAGUCAGUUGUUCUGUUGGAUCGCGAGAACACGGACGGUUGUGUCGUGUCCAAAACGAAUGGGACGUAGUCGUCGUCGGCGUCGUGGUUGGUGGUAUACGCGAGCUUCCCUUGCGAAUGAAUAACCCCCGGGGUCACAACGUCACCGAUCAGAAGAGCGGUUAAGUGCCUUUGCUAGCGCAUCGACGACCAGAUUGGACAAUUGACAAGCGCGAGUACCCGUCUCGGGUGUCCCAGCAGCCGUGACUGGAUAAAACCCAGCCGAUCGAUGCUGGUCGUCAGUAAUGUCGCGACUAUCGUCCAGUUCGGAGUGAUCGCAAACAGGAGAAAGUGAAGCAGUUAAGCGUCCCGGGAAAAAAUUGGAAGUGUUGGUGAUGUGUUGUCCAGUGCGUUCAACUGCAAGAUGAUUUGAGUUGCAUUUCAGUUCUGGUUUAAUUAGCGGUGUUCACACUAUAAGCGCCUGUGCCGUGUUUCGAUUUGUGAUCAGUACUUUUAUAACAGUUUGUGAUAAGUGUGAGCUAGCUGUAAGGAUGGGCUACAUUCCAGCCAAUCGACGACUUCCGGUGCUAGCGUGGGCUGUAACGAUCUUGCCGCUUCUCAUUGAUCGCAGCAAUGCGUUUGAUAUCUUUCCACCGAACUACGACAUCCGGUACCGGCUGGAAACGGACGUGACUCUCGUACCGGAUGUACAUGCGACCGAUAACUACAUGUGGUACCUGAACGGUUACCUGCGAGUCCAUCGUUACGAUGCAAACAAUCUUGCCGCUCAAAUCGAGCUCGAUCGCCAUCAUAUCCCACAGAGUGAAGGUGAUGUGUCUGCUCUGCUGGAACCGUUCCGUGUAGCGAUCGCAAACGAUACGAUUCUAAGCAUUCAGUUUAAGUUGAACGAACCGAUCUGGUCGGCGAAUAUCAAGCGUGCACUAGCCUCGCUGCUGCAGGCACAUGGAGAUGGGCCCGGUGCGUACGUUGUCGAUGAGCAGGGUAUCUUCGGCAGCUGCCCCACAGAAUACUUUGUCGUGAACAAAUCGAACGUGUUCGAGAUCUCGAAAACGUACGGCAUGGACCGGUGUACGAUCUAUCGCGGUGCGAUCUAUCUGACGCGCAGCAAUAUCCCGCAGAACCACUGCAUCCCGAACAAGCAACCGCAGGCGAUCACGUCCCGCAUCGCCAACUACAAGCUGCGUAAGAUCGAAUCCUACCGCUACAUGCUGACCGACCUGGACGGUACGAUGCGCACCAACAUUCGGACUCUCGAGUCUUACUAUCCCCAGUUCCUGUAUUCGCGUGUGGUGCUACGCUACGAACAGCACCAAGUCUUGGACGAGACGCCUGGUCGGCCGGUAGUAGAUAUUGCCAACGGGAUGGCCCUUCUGUUCAGUCCUAUCCUAUUCGAUAGCCCCGAUCUCGAAGCGACCGGUGGCCGGAGUCCAAAAUCGAAAGAGAAGCUUAUAAAGCGUACCGCCAGCUUGCUGAAUGCGAUGGCCGACAAUCUCGAAACGGUCGACAAUAAGCUGAAGGAACCGUACGACGAAACGGUGUCGGAAAUCAUCCGGCUGAUGGGCACGAUGGAUCUGGAAACGUUGAAGCAGCUGUACGAAGAGAUCGACCUCGGCACAUCGUACCGGCAGGAAACGGCACGAAACAUCUUCCUGGAGAUAGUGCCACGUACCGGUACUACCUCCACGAUACUGCUCACGCGCGACCUCAUCAUGAACAAGCAGGUGAACCCAAUGACGGCGGUACAGUUGCUGAUAUCGCUACCCUUCUACAUGGCGGAACCGUCCCAAGAGCUGGUAAAGGAAUGUGAAGUGUUCCUCGAAGUUGGUGCGGAUCGACCAGACAUAAAGCAUGCGGCCGUCCUGAGUUACGCCACCAUGAUCUACAGCACGUUUGUGGCGGGCAAGCUAACGGCGGACACGUUCGAGAAGUACGUCAAAAUGUACUUCGAUCUAUUCUUAAACAGCUUCGAGUAUGAGCAGCAAAUGCUCUAUCUGGAAGGGUUGGGCAAUCUGCAGUUGGAAAAUGUGGCCGAAUAUUUGGAUCCGAUUAUUCGUGCAGACUACCCGCAAAAUACCGAUAUACGCUUUCUGGCCAUGCUGGCUUUGUUGCCCACGGCACAUUUGCGGCCGAAUCAAGUUUACGAAACCUACUGGCCAAUCUUCCACUCGCGCACCAGUCCGUUGCAGCUGCGAGUAGCCGCAUUUACGAUGCUGCUAUUCUCCAAUCCAACGCCCGGUCGGUUAUUGGGGCUGUACAGUGUGAUCAAGACGGAAAACGAUCCACAUAUGAUCAACUUUUAUCGCACGACGGUACUGAGCAUCUCCGAAACGACCUAUCCUUGCUACCAACAUCUCAAGCUGCUUCUUGCGUACAUGACUCGCCAACUGCCGGAUGCCCCUGCGCCCAAGUACUGGGUCACUGGCAACUAUCUGUUUGACUAUCGUGACCGUAAGUUCCACAUCGGUUCGAUGCUGCAGACCAUGCUGAUCGGUAGUCACCAGACGGAUCUACCAAUGAUCGCUUCACUCAAGUUCGAUACGGAAGCUCUUGGAAGGUUUACAGGUCAACUAGGGCUGUACAUUAAGGCACGUGGUUUGAGUGACGCCGUCAUCAAUCGACUCACUACGUUCAAUUCAAGCCAUUUGCGGUUGGAUCGAUUGAGCAGCAUUCUAAAAUCGAUGAAACUGUCCACCAUUAGUCCGACACCCUUACAUUUUGAGUUCAUCGUGCAGUUUGAGGGCAAAGCCGUCCUAUGUUACCAUCUUAAUCAAACUACAUUCCACAACUUAACCGACGGCAACAUCAUCAAUCGAAUUAAUCUGCUACGGGAUAGCCACGUUAAUAUGCAGAUCGUUCGACGACCGUUCAUGAUCAAGUACGCGCUCCCUACGCUGCUAGGCACGCCGGCUGAUAUUCUUAUCGAGAACACCGUGCUGGCGACGGUUCGUGGCAACACUACGCAGCAGACGAUGCUGAUGGACAAGGUGGCACGCAGCAACCAGGUGGACGUGCGUUACUCUUCCUACGCGGUCGUAAAGAUACGCAGCUACAACCCGAUCAACGAUGUAGAAUAUUCAACCAUACGCGAGCAAGGCUUCCUGGUGUACAUACCGGUGAACAAUGAGAUCGUAUGGGACAUUGCGGGUAAAUCGAUUAGCUACAGCUUCUACCGUCCCGAGAACAUGACCAGCGGCAUCUCGUUGAAGAGUCGUACUCGCAACACGCCGGCUAACGGGUCAACGGCAGCAGAAACUCUCGAUCCGAAGGAGGAAGACAUCGCCAAGUACGGGUACCGGAUCGAUGAUCUUGGCAUUCAGCUGCUGGCUAGGGUACACCAAGAUUACACCAAGGAUAACGUGAUGUUCAUGCUGGAAACGGACAUACUGGACAAUGCAAAGGUCCUCACAAAAGCUCCAUUCUCGUUGGUGAACAACUUGCUGCGCAUCGUCAGCCUGAUCCAGCUCAACACAAUCCACAUCGGGCGGGACAAGCACCUGACGCUGCUAAUUGCAAACGACCAGAAAACGCUCCUGCAAGGUACGCUCAAGUGGGACACUCAAAACUACUCCAAACAACCGUCCGUACCGGAAAACGAAGUACUGCGGGUCAAUCUGAUCCUUGCCCAUACAAUUCCCAAACCGGAAGGCAGUCGUGACGAGGUGAAGGUACUGCACAAGUGGGACAUCGUGUCGCAGUACACCAACUUCAAGUGUGACCGGGCAGCACGGAUUUUCUUCUCGCUCACCCGCCACGAAUGGAACAGUUCGAACUGGAAGAUGUGCUUUUCGGCGGAUUAUCGCCCGCUGGUGUUCCUGCAGCGUCCCUUCCAGCUUACGGGCGAGGUCGUGUUCGGUGAGACAAAGGUACCGAAACAAUGUCCCAAGGAACCUCGGAUUGCAUUCAAUGUGUCCUAUCAUCUGCCGGAAUAUGUGGAGCGCAUCUAUCGCGCUCUCGACACGAAGGAUCGUAGUUGUUCGAAGGAAAUUCUACGCCUUACGCCACCUCCAUUUUCGGGCGAAUGUCGAGCGGACCGAUUCAGUCCAUUGACGACAGUUACCGGACUCGAUGGACACUUUACGUUCACCAAGCUUCCUUCAUGGAUCGAUAUGCUGUUGCAUCGGUUGGAUCAUGCUGUUUCGGCAGUUGUGCCUGGACGUGUACAUACGCUAAACAUGACCGACCAUAUCGACGUGCAAGCCCGCGUUCUACAAUGGUCAAACGAUACAGAAAUCCAGAUCAAUGGUGGCACAAUUUGGUUCCCUUCCCGAUUCUACCACAAUGUAAAAAUGCAGCAUUCCUACACGUCACGGAUCGAGUACGGGUUUCUCAGUGUUUGCAGUCUGGUCCACAACAAGUUGACAACUUUCAACGAUCAUAUCCUUGAGCUGACCAACGAGAUCCGGGACGAGUAUCGGGUGCGCGACAGUUUUUUACUGACUGCCGACUGUUCGCUCGCACCCAAAAUGGCCAUCUUUGUGCUGGAUGAGCAAAAGGGCGUACAGAUCUACACUGGCGGUAACUAUUUGAUCUACGAACCGGGUUCUACUGCAGGUAUCAACAAUAACGGCAGCACCUACUCGCCCACAAUGACUGUGAACAUUAAUGAUGAGCAGCUGAUCGACCUCCGCAAUAUCGUAUAUCAGUAUCCGCCCGACGACGAAUUCUACGACUUCCGGGUGUAUAUCGAUCGUGAGGGAGUACUGGUAGUGGAAAACCAACUAAAUGGAGCCGUCGUACAGUAUGGACCGGCGGGCAUUGUCAAUAUGCUGCUACCGACCGUACACAAGGGCCAGAUGUGUGGUCUGUGCAGUGAUCGCGAGUAGCAGAAAUCGUUCGACUGAGUAAGGAACAUCAUCCGCUGUUCCGGCUGACGUGAGUGUAAUGCGUGCAUGUGUGCGUGUGUGUUUGCAUACACGACGCAGCAUUAGGUAACAGUGUAUACAAGCAUUUCACGUUAGAAUUUAGUAGAUGGUAACAAUAAAAAGAAAUUUUUAAUAAAAUAACUAAAUAUAGCAUAUUCACCAAAAGUAGAA